AGCAGCCUCAGCCAUCAUCCUCCUCAAAAACGUCGUUUCGUUCGUCGUUGUUGUUGUUGAUGGGUUUGUUUUUGUGUAUGUGAUAUUGUUAUGGCGUGUGUUUUGUAGAUAGCCUUCCCUUGAGUUAGAGGUAUAAUAUUUAUAUAAUCUGUUACGAAAAAUCUUGUAAAAUAUGACGUCAACUGAACAGAUUGGUUUGAAUAAAACCUGGGAAUUAUCUCUUUACGAACUACAUAGAACUCCGCAAGAAGCCAUUACAGAUAAUACAGAAAUCGCCGUUUCUCCGAGAUCACUUCACAAUGAACUUAUGUGUCCUAUUUGUUUGGAUAUGUUAAAGAAAACUAUGACAACUAAGGAAUGUUUACACAGAUUUUGUUCUGAUUGUAUAAUUACUGCUCUUAGAUCUGGCAACAAGGAAUGUCCUACUUGUAGGAAGAAACUUGUAUCCAAGAGGUCCCUUAGGCCAGACCCAAAUUUCGAUUUGCUGAUAUCAAAAAUAUAUCCUAGUAGAGAUGAGUAUGAAGCACACCAAGUUAAGGUGCUUGAAAAACUGCACAAAAGUCAUAGCCAAGCUGCCCUCAUGAAUUCUAUUAAUGAAGGUAUAAAGUUACAAACACAAAAUCGUCUACAACGCUCCAAGAAAUCAGUAGGUAAUGAAAUCGACAAUAACCACUCGCUUUCAGCUGUUACGUCUGCAAAUGAGAACAGCAACUCAAUGCCCCCUCACUCUGAGCAGUCAGGUCUUGCAUCUAAGACAGCUCAUCAGACAGCAAUGGACGAAACUUCUCAGUCUUCAGCCACUGCCAGUAUGCUUAAGGAUGAAUCAAAUGGUCCAAAAUUCCCUAAGAGACCUAAAUCUGUUGUUACUUCCGAAAAUGAAUCUGAAAAUUCCAGUGUCGCAGAAUCAGGAGGCCAGGAUUCUGUCACAGAAGGAGAAGGGACGUCCGAUAUGGUAACUUCUGAUGAGAUUGAGCUUGUGUUCAUGCCACACCCUACAGAGAUGGGUGCAGACAACACAUUGAUGAAAGCUUUGAAAGAUAACUCUGUAAGAUACCUCAAGACUACAGCUAAUGCAACUGUUGACCAUUUGAGCAAGUACUUAGUAACAAGACUGGUUCUUGAUUUGGGAGAUGAGAUUUCCCACCAGAGUUUGAGCUUUUGUAUCUACGUGGCUCCGACCCCCGGCCAGCAUGUGCUGCUCAACGGAAACCAGACAUUGCGCCAAGUUAACGAACGGUUCUGGAAAGUCAAUAGGCCACUGGAGAUGUUCUAUUCUUGGAAGAAAACAUAAUUUUUACACAGAGGAGACUUUGUACAUACACAAAAAGAUAAUUUAAGCAGUAACUGGUAUUGUGUUAAAAAAAUUGAAAAAAGUAGGCUUUUUUUGGAAAAUGUUUGUGUGCUCAGAAAUAUUAUGAAAAAGAUCAUUUA